AGCUUUACCAAAAUCUGUCUGUUUAUCAGAAAAGGAAUCGUGCUCUCCAUGCGCAGCAGACUAUCCCCUAAAAAUGUAGGCCUAUGAGAGUAGAAAAGUAGAAUGUGCUUUGGGAUGCAGUAGAGCUGCCACCGUUUAAACGCCAGGAGAUGCUCUUGUGUCACUGAUUUGACCGCCCCGAACGCAGCAGCUCCAGCGACCCAACACGCAUCGCAGUUCGAAAAAGACCUCUGCUGUCUGCAUCAAGUCCCUGCUUUGGCUAUUGUGUGAACUGCAUGUUCCCUCAGACUUGCCGUAUUGCAGUUCGCGCGCCCGUGUUGCUACAUUUGUGGCGUUCUCCUGCUUUUCUCUGAACUUUCCCAUUUGGAUGGUGGAAGACGAGCGUCAACAUGUCAGCAAAAGGAGGGGGAACGAGAGGCUUCUAUUUCAACACUGUUCUCUCGCUUGCCCGGUCUCUGGCUGCGCACCGACCAGCGCCUUUAGAUAAGGUCCAGAAGCUGCUAUGCAUGUGUCCAUCAGACGCCCGGGGGGCCUUCACCCUCGACAUCCGACGCAGAGACGCCGUCAUCGCACUCGCCAUUUUCCUGGUGGAGUCCGAUCUUCAGCACAAAGAUCUGCUUGUGGACUACUUGUUGAGCCUGUUGCGGGGCCUUCCUCGUGUGCAGUGGGUGGAGGAGACCGCCGGCAGAAAGGGGCGGGAUGUGCUCCCGGUGGCGGAGAACUUCAGCUUCUGCUUGGUGACACUGCUGUCUGACGUGGCCCAGAGAGAUCCCACAUCCACUAACCAGAUCCUGGAGGCUAUUAUGGAGGUGAUGAAGACUCUUCUGGAGGUGUGUCAGUCUCCUGAAGAGCACGACAAAGUCUACCUGUGCAGGUACGUGGUUCCGAGUCUGCUCGGCGUGACUCGUGCGUUCGGCCGCUACAGUAACGGAGGUGAGCCGCUGCUGUCCCAGCUCUUCCCCAAGGGGGCGCCGGAGGCCCCCCGCGUGGCCGUGGAGGUGGAGGGCGUGCGGCGGCGCUCCUUCAACGACUUCCGCUCCAUCAUGCCCAGCGCCCUGCUCACCGCUUACCAGAGCGACACGCUCAGGCGCAAGAGUGCCACGCUCUCCGAAGCCAUGCAGGCCAGCCCAGAGAGGUCCGCUGCAUCCCCCUGUUCCCCCACCACUCCUGGAGCACACUACUUUGAAGGUUCCUACCUGCCUGACGGUAGUGCGCCGGAUCCAGACUACUACUUCACUACAGUCAGCUCCAGCUUCUCCGUCUCGCCGCUCUUCAUCGGGGCCAGCGGACGAGAGAUCUCCACGCCCCUCGAACUGCUCCGACAGCUGCUAGACCUGGUCAAGCGUUUUGUCUCCGAGCCCUUGUUGAAGACUCUGGACGCCACCCUCACAGAGGUUUCUGAGGCCAACCCUGGUGUGGACAUGUACUACUGCAGCUUCAGUGACCCCCUGUAUGUGGGCAUGUUCAAGAUGCUCAGAGACACGCUCUACUGCAUGAAAGACCUCCACAGCUCCUUUGUAAAGGAGGUGCAUGACUUUGUCCUGGAGCAGUUUAGCAGUAGCCAGUCUGAGAUGCAGCGUGUCCUCCACGAGGCUGAGAGACUACUGGGAGAGCAUAACCCCCUCAAGCUGAGAUGCCAGGCCAACGCCGCCUGUGUGGACCUGAUGGUCUGGGCCGUCAAGGAUGAGCAAGGCGCUGAGAAUCUGUGCACUAAACUGUCUGAGAAGCUGCAGUCCAAGACGUCCAGCAAGGUCAUCAUCGCCCACAUGCCCCUCCUCAUCUGCUGCUUACAGGGUCUGGGUCGUCUGUGUGAGCGGUUCCCUGUGAUCGCCCACUCUGCCACCAUGUCUCUGAGGGACUUCCUGGUUGUGCCCUCGCCCGUACUGGUCAAGCUCUACAAAUACCACAGCCAGUACAGCACAGGGGGCGGGGAGAUCAAGAUCAGCGUGACCAAUGAGCACUCCCAGUCCACCUUCAACAUGCUCUCCGGCAGGAAGGAGCAGUCCUCCAUGUACGAGCAGCUCAGGGACAUCUGCAUAGACAACGUCUGCAGAUGUCUGAAAGCGGGCCUGAUGAUGGACGAUGUGAUUGUGGAAGCCUUCCUGGCCAGCCUCUCCAAUCGACUCUACAUCUCACAGGAGAACGACAAUUUUCCUCAUUUGCUGUGGAGUGGCCGUGUGCUGAAGACCAUGCUGGACAUCCUGCAGACACUCUCAUUGUCUCUCAGUGCCGACAUCCACAAGGAUCAACCGUAUUAUGACAUCCCAGACACGCCCCAUCGCAUCACCGUCCCAGACACCCACGAGGCGCGAGAGAGUAUAGUGAAGGACUUUGCUGCUCGGUGUGGAGAGAUCCUCAAGGAGGCCAUGAAGUGGGCUUCCUCCGUCACCAAGUCCCACUUACAGGAGUAUUUGAAUAAGCAUCAGAACUGGGUGUCAGGCCUGUCUCAGCACACUGGCUUGGCCAUGGCCACAGAGAGCAUUCUCAACUUCGCCGGAUACAACCGCCAGAGCACUACACUGGGGAGUACCCAGUUGACUGAGCGGCCCAGCUGUGUGAAGAAAGACUACUCCAACUUCAUGGCCUCCCUCAACCUACGCAACCGAUACACUGGAGAGGUGGCGGGUAUGCUGCAGUUUGCCCAGGUGACCCACAGUGAGUCGGACCUGAGCAGGCUGAUGGUGCAGCAGAUGAGUGGGGCGCUGGACGCCAAGAACCAGGAGGAGUUCACACAGCACAUGUUCAAGAUGACCGCCCUGCUCAUCAGCACUAAAGACUGUGAUCCUCAGCUCCUCCACCACCUGUGCUGGUCUCCCCUGCGCAUGUUCACGGAGCAUGGCAUGGAGGCUGCCAUCGCCUGCUGGGAGUGGUUCCUGGCCGCCCACCACGGCAUGGAAGUACCCUUCAUGCGUGAGAUGGUGGGGGCGUGGCAGAUGACGGUGGAGCAGAGAAUGGGGCUGUUCUCGGAGGCGGAGCCUGAAGCCGACCCCCUGGCCGCCUCAGAGGAGAGCCAGCCAGUGCCCCGCCCCCCGGAGGUCACGCCACACUGCCUCUGGAUACAGUUCCUAGUGCAGCGGUUUGAGAUUGCCAAAUACUGCAGUGCUGACCAAGUGGAGAUGUUCAUCAGCCUCCUGCAGAGGGCGCUCUCCCUCAGCGUGGGCGGAGCCAGGAGCAGCCUCAACCGCCACGUGGCCGCCAUUGGGCCCCGCUUCCGUCUGCUGACUCUGGGCCUCACUCUGCUGCAUGCAGACGUGGUGACCAACGCCACCAUCCGCAACGUGCUGAGGGAGAAGAUCUACUCCACUGCCUUCGACUACUUCAGUGCGACCCCGCGCUUCCCCACCCAGACAGACAAGCGUCUCCGCGAGGACAUCAGCAUCAUGACCAAGUUCUACGCCUCCCUGCUCUCCGACAAGAAGUACCUCACAGCCAACCAGCUGGUCCCACCAGACCCUCAGGAGAUGAGUGUGAACAGCUUGUCUGUGAUGGCGGUGAUGGACUCUCGCAGUAGUCUGGACGCCGCCAUGGGCUCCAGACAGCCGGCCAAUCAGGGAUGGAUCAACACCUACCCCCUCUCCAGCGGCCUGUCCACCAUCUCAAAGAAGUCAGGUCUAUCCAAGAAAAGCAACCGUGGCACUCAGCUCCAUAAGUACUACAUGAAGAGGAGAACUCUCCUGCUGGCUCUGCUGGCCAGUGAGAUAGAGCGUCUGACCACCUGGUACAACCCGCUGUCCACCCAGGAGCUGGUGAUCUCAGCGGAGCCCGCGGUGGAGACCAGCAUCGCCAACUGGAGGUCCAAGUACCUGAGCCUGAGUGAGAAGCAGUGGAAGGACCACGUCUACCUGGCCUGGAGCAUCUCCCCUUACCUGGCACUGCAGCUGCCCGCCAGAUUUAAGAACACAGAGGUGAUCACAUCAGAGGUGACCCGGCUGGUGCGGUUGGACCCGGGAGCCGUCAGCGAUGUGCCUGAAGCUGUGAAGUUCCUGGUGACGUGGCACACGAUCGAUGCUGAUUCGCCGGAGCUGAGCCACAUCCUGUGCUGGGCGGUAGCGGACCCGCCCACUGGCCUCUCCUACUUCUCCAGCAUGUACCCCCCGCACCCGCUCACCGCACAGUACGCAGUCAGAGUACUCAGAUCCUUCCCACCGGAUGCCAUCCUGUUCUACAUCCCCCAGAUUGUACAGGCGCUCCGCUACGAUAAGAUGGGCUAUGUGAGGGAGUACAUAUUGGAUGCAGCUAAGAAGUCUCAGCUGUUGGCCCACCAGUUCAUCUGGAACAUGAAGACCAACAUCUUCCUAGACGAAGAAGCACACACUAAAGACCCUGACAUUGGUGAGCUGCUAGAGCAGAUGGUUGAGGAGAUGACUGGCUCUCUGUCUGGGCCGGCUAAAGACUUCUACCAGCGCGAGUUUGACUUCUUCAACAAGAUCACCAAUGUCUCUGCCACCAUCAAGCCGUUCCCCAAGGGAGAUGAGCGUAAGAGGGCGUGUCUUCGAGCCCUGUCGGACAUCAAGGUGCAGCCAGGCUGCUACCUGCCCAGUAAUCCAGAGGCCAUAGUGCUGGAUAUCGACUACAAGUCUGGCACUCCAAUGCAGAGUGCUGCCAAAGCUCCAUACCUGGCGAAGUUUAAAGUGAAACGUUGUGGAGUCAGUGAGCUGGAAAAGGAAGGUCUUCUGUGCAGGUCGGACUCUCUGGAUGAGGAUGGCAGUGGCGAGGAGAGGAUAUGCUGGCAGGCCGCCAUCUUUAAAGUCGGAGACGACUGUAGACAGGACAUGCUGGCCCUGCAGAUCAUUGGCCUUUUCAAGAACAUCUUCCAGCUGGUUGGACUGGACCUGUAUGUCUUUCCAUACAGAGUGGUUGCCACGGCGCCAGGGUGUGGCGUCAUCGAGUGCAUCCCAGACUGUAAGUCACGUGACCAGCUGGGGCGGCAGACGGACUUUGGGAUGUACGACUACUUCAGGAACCAGUACGGGGACGAGUCCACCCUGGCCUUUCAAAAGGCGCGGUAUAACUUCAUCCGCAGUAUGGCGGCCUACAGUCUGCUGCUCUUCCUGCUGCAGAUUAAAGAUCGACACAACGGCAACAUCAUGCUGGACAGCCAGGGCCACCUCAUACACAUCGAUUUCGGCUUCAUGUUUGAGAGCUCCCCCGGCGGUAACCUGGGCUGGGAGCCGGACAUCAAGCUGACCGACGAGAUGGUGAUGAUCAUGGGGGGCAAGAUGGAGGCCACCCCCUUCAAGUGGUUCAUGGAGAUGUGUGUACGCGGAUACCUGGCCGUCAGGCCGUAUAUGGAUGCCGUAGUGGCUUUGGUGACCCUCAUGCUGGAUACAGGGCUCCCCUGUUUCCGAGGACAGACCAUCCGACUACUCAAGCAGCGCUUCAGUCCUAAUAUGAGUGAGAAGGAUGCUGCUGCCUACAUCAUCAAAGUCAUCCAAAACUGUUUCCUGAGCAGCAGGAGCAAGACCUAUGACAUGAUCCAGUACUACCAAAACCAGAUUCCAUAUUAGAACACUUCACUAUGUGCUUCCGAAUCUCUCAAGUGUGUGUGCAUGCGUGUGUGUGUGUGUGUUAGUGGGUGGGUGUUCAUGGAAUUUGUGCAGGACCAUUUCUGUGUGUGUGCGCCCGUUCGUGUGUGCCUGCGUGUGUGCCUAUGUGUGUGUGUGUGUGCCCGUGUAUGUGUGUGCGUGCGCGUGCGCCCGUGUGUGUGUGUUUAAUAAGUAUGUGCCAGCUUUGCUCUGUCUGCUGUGGUCUCUGUGACCUUGCCUAGACUCUCUGUGCGCCUCAUCUGUCAUGUUGCUACGGUACAGGAGCGUACAGUAUGAAGAGGGAGAAUAAAACCCUAUAAGGAAGGAAUAACGGCUGACGAGGUGUCCCGAUAUCAAGGGAAAUAAUGGACAAGACGAAGCGUUCUAACAGCCUGACGACUUCCCCAAGUCCAUUUUACCUUGAUAUCGGGACACCUCGAAGGCCGUUAUUCCGCUUAUCAGCCGGUUGCCAGCAUUCAAGUAGCCUAAUAGUUUAUUUAUUUUGUUGAUCCGAGGCUUCGUGAGAAAGUUGAUUAACCACUGCGCUUCAUGUGUUGCUAUGGGCACCACUUCCUACAUUUCAGGCAACAAUGUUGUAGGCAGGUCACUUUGCUAGAUUUCAUUUAAAAAAUCCUUUGAUUCUGGGGUUAUCCGUGAUUAGGCUAUGAUUUGUUUAGCCGUCUGCGAUUGUGAUUGCAAUUACGUUCAUUCAUAGGCCUAUUUAAAGUUGUGACAUUUCGGCAAGCCUCGCAGAUGAUCUUGCUGCAGGAGAUUGACUUGUAGCCUUGCGGUCUCAGUGGGAAAAAAGUGUCAUGCGGGUGUGCGUGCCUUGGUUUGGAAUGCUGAGGGUAUAUCCUCCGCAUUAUUUCUAUAGGGUUUUCAUUUAAAUAUGGUCAGCAUUCUUUGCGCGUCUAAGUUAGACGCCCGCACGGCCGCAUGACAUCAUAGGUGUCCUGUUCUCUGGGAAUAAUGGACACCUGCUCAGUCAAUCAGAAGACGUUCUGUCUUCUCACCGGGUGAUAAAUCCCAAUCACUACCAUCAACACGAAAUUAUAAAAUAAACACCAACAGUGGGGCAGUGCUACACUUGAUGGGUUAAGUCAAAGACUUCUCUCUCAUAACCGUUAGCUUCCACUAUAAUCAAUGGACAUGGCGACAGCAGACAUGGCAGCGCAGCGAACAUUCAUACCAAAUUGCCAAAUCCUUUCAAUGAAUGUUUGAGGCAACGUGACUUGACGUACGAUAAAAAGUCAGCUAAUAUUAUGGUAAUGAGCUAUGAUGCGGAUGGCGUAAACGAAUUGGAAUGUUCAUAACUCUGAAUGUCCCAGGCUGUCAAGCCAGAGCCGUUGCGUGAUUAGCUACAUCAAACAUGUCAAUGUCACGUCCAGAGCGAAUAAAGCGAAUUCAAGGCGAAACUUCUUCUGCUACCUCCGCUACCAGGCAGCGUAGGUCGCUCUUGGUGUGGACAAGGCAUAAUGCAUCCAGUGUAGCCAACAUUCCACUGGCUGAGAUGGCCAGUGCACUUCAUGUCAGCAUGAAAAGCUUAUGUCAGAUAUCGACAUCUAGAUCAUCAAACUAUUCUAUGAUGACACUAAUGUAAAUCAGGUUUGGCCUUUUUAGGAACAUUAUUACGAAAAUGCUUGUAAACAAAAUACUGUAAACAAAUACACACACACGAUGUGUAUCACAAUCGAAAAAAAAAGCUAAAAAACACAACAGAUGACCCCAAGAUAGCACUUAAAAUGAAUUAGAACAGCACAACACUGUGGUUAGCACAGAGCCUCCUGCUUACACUGUUUGCGUGGCACAAAAUACUAUAUUAAAAAAAUUAAUUAGUACAUAUGAUGAAAAUAAAUUUAAAUAAGUGAAUUGUUAAUACUGUAAGUAUGAAGUCAUGGUACUAACUGUGUGACGUAUUUAAAGAUGGUCGAAAGAGGUUUAAUGCCUGCUGCACAUACGAGAGCACAGCUGCAAA